CUUAAACUAACUUGAAAAACUUGCAGACAGCACAUUUUUCCUAAAAUAAAUUGGUUCAGUUCUUCUAAGUUUAACAGAAAGUAAAAAAAGGAAGAGAAAGAAUUUCAUUCAACAGUGUUUGUUAAUACUCAGAAAUGGAUUUAGAUGAAUAUCUAUUAGAGGAAGAUCUCUACUGUUGUGUAUAUAAGAAGAUGUUCAGAUGAUAUUCUGCACACAUCAAUCUCUGAGAUCUUGAAGCUCAACACAACUUCUCCAGGAUUCAUUUCUUCACAUCAUCUAAAACAAUGAGACAUCUGAUGGCUUUGAUGUUUCUGGUGAUCUUCUGCUCUCUGCAGCUGACUACAAGUGCUCCAAUUGCCUCUGAUUUGGCCAAAUCAACAUGCUGUUAUAAGUUCAGCAAUGCACAGAUUCCUCUAAAACUGGUGAAGUCAUAUUAUAGGACCGACAGCAGCUGCUCCAAACCAGCUAUUGUGUUUGAGACUGACAGAAGGAGGAUCUGUGUAGAUCCAGAAACCAGCUGGGUGAGCAACCACAUCACUAAAGUGGACAACAGGACAACAAAGACCUAAAACAAGACAGUCUGAA